AUGGACGAGGCGGACCAGCCCACCACCGCCGUCAACAAGCUGUCAGGCAUCCCUCGACCGACUAGGUUACCGGUCUUGAAAGCCAAAUCUUCCAUUCCAGUUCCACAGAGAUCACAGAGCAUCGCAGAGGCUCCACGGCCUGGCAAUGCUCCGACAAAAUCUGUAAUCCGUCCCCCCGUUCCGCCAUUCGCGCAGCCACCUCCACCUUCCACGCUUGUGCCAAGAAACAAUGGCUCCAACUAUGCGCCGAACAACUCGACAAGGAGAGUCACUUCACAAGGAACUGCCGUGAAACCGACUGCUCGCACAAAUGCGCGCGCCCCUGUUCCUUCGUCUGCAAAGUCUUCCCAGAAUCUCCAAAACACGGAGAGCCAUGAUCGACUCAGCUCACUUGACACCACCCGCUCUGCUUCGCGACAAGGAGCAAACGAUGAGCCUACGAUUGAGCAUGCGGCGACCACACUCGCGCCAGAUAUUCUCAAACCCAAGAAGACCUCCCGGCCAUCCCUCUCCGACCGAACCAUCGAAAGUCUCCAGAGCCUGCCAUCAACCCCGGGCGACCGCCGACGGUCGAAUUUCUUUUCACCCGAAAGUCUUAUGGGCCCACCACCACGUCCCGCUUCCAGCGUGAGUCGCAAUGGCGGUACCGCCAACAGUAGGCCGGGCACCAGUGACGGAAAUUUUGUAAAGCCCGGAUUGCCGUCGAGUGCAAUCAAACCUCCUGCGAGUGCAAAGGCAGCCGUGCGAUCAUCGAACAUCGGCUUGGGCGAUCCGUCAAGUACCCCCAUCCGAAGGAAUCUUAGCAGUAGUUUCCAGCGUCAAUCAGAUCAUGGGAAAGUCGAAAGUCACUCUUCGACCAGUAAGGCCUUUGCAAAGCCUGCGACUCCAUCUGCAAACCUGGACCGCCACCCAGCUCCGAAACCGAGGCCGCUGAGCAAGACCUUGAUUGAGAGGCCUACCAACGCCCGCGCUUCCCUGUCGAGCGCGUUUGGUUCUACAAUUAGCGAUGUCAACAAAACUCCGGCCAAGACUUUGCGAUUGGGCUCCCAGCAAUCCACACAUGGUCAUGAAUCUGCCGUCCCUAAAACUUCGUCCGCAGCGCUCAGGCAACAAAUUGCUGCAGCUAAGGCGGCAGCUCGAAAGGAGAGCGUCAAGCACGACUCAGCUCUUGGGGACGUAGUUGUCUCUACUAGCCAAACCAGCUUCGAUCUGCAGCUGGAUCCCUUCAAUCAGGCUCCUCGGGAUGAGAAGCAUAUCCUGAGUAAUCGCAUCAAUGCUGCUCGAACGGAUGGAAAACUCAACAUAGCCGCAAUGGCGCUGAAGCAGAUCCCCGCCGAGGUCCUCAAUAUGUACGAUGCUGCAGCCAUGGAGGAGAGUCGCGUAAGCUGGGCAGAAGCAGUCGAUUUGACUAGAUUCAACGCCGCCGAUAACGAGAUCGAAGAGCUCUCUGAAGCAGUCUUUCCCGAUCGAGCAGCUGCCGACUUCGACAUGGACGACCAGACCGAAGGCAAUCAAUUUGCUGGGCUGGAAACGCUUGAUCUGCACGGAAAUCGCCUCUCCCAGUUGCCAAUCGGAAUGCGGAGACUCGAGAGGCUGACGAGUCUUAAUCUCUCCAACAACCGACUAGAUAACUCUUGUCUGGAGGUCGUUGCACAGAUCUCAACUCUCAAGGACUUAAAGCUUGGGAAUAACGCCAUCUCCGGCGCCCUACCGUCGUCGAUAGCCCAGCUGAAGCGAUUGGAGAGCCUUGAUGUUAGGUCUAAUCGCCUGUUGAGUCUUCCCGAUGCCCUUCGCGAGCUCAUGAGCUUGAGAGUGCUCAAUGUCUCCGGGAACCAAUUGACGGCGCUACCGAUGGCUUCGCUACAUGGUGUUACGCUGACCGACAUCGAUGCGAGCAACAACGCACUCAUCGCAUCCGUCUUUCCCGUCGGCGGCCGGGGCGGCCAUCCAACGUUGCAGAUUUUAAAUGUGGCGAACAAUUCGCUCGCUGCGCUCACUUUCGACGGCGAACUGAGUCUGCCGCAGCUUCGCUCGCUCGACGUGUCAUAUAACAAGCUGACCGAUCUCCCGCCAAUGCACGACUGGGCACAGCUGCAUACGUUUCUCGCCAGCGAAAAUAAAAUUGCGGACAUACCCCCAGGCUUCACCGCUCUGCGCAAGUUGCGGAACGUGAACUUCACGGGCAACGAGCUACGCUCUCUCGACCCAGAGAUCGCACGCAUGGAUGCUUUGGAGUCGCUCGUGCUCGCAUCGAACCCUUUGAGAGAGAGGAAGUUCCUCACGCUGAAUGCUGGAGAAAUCAAACGAAUUUUGAAAGCAAGACUCGAGCCGACAGAGGGAGCAGGCGCCGAUGCGGGCGAACAAGACACAGGUCACAGCGCAGAAGGGGACAAGACCCUCGACAAGUCGUCCAAAACGACGCCGUGGAUCUUGAAAGCGCGCGAUGCCUUGGAUCUCAGUGGAUGCGGCUUCACCGACGAUGUUGAUGAUCGUCUCGGAGCCUUCCUGCAGCAUCACGAACCCAAGCAUAUCCAUCUCCAGUCCAACACGCUCUCCAUCGUACCACCAGCAUUGAGCCUCGCGCAUCGACUCGGCUCCCUCGACCUCUCAGGCAACCCACUGCAGCGCGUCUACCUCUCUAUCGAUCUCACCAUCCUCUCUCUGCAAGAACUCAAUAUUAGCCGAUGCAAUAUUAUCACACUCGACCUCCUAGUCACCCAUCUGCAAGCCCCGCGCCUUCAAGCCCUAGACAUCAGCGCCAAUCGCAUCCCCGGUGCCUUGCCUGAUCUGCACGCAGCCUACCCAGCUCUACGCACUCUCGCCGCAAACGAUAACAAGUUCGCUUCCGUCACCGCUGAAUCAUUGCGAGGAUAUCACGUUGUGAACCUCAUGAGUAAUGAUAUCGCGUACCUGCCUCCGGAGGUGGGUCUGCUCUGGGAGGAGGGUCUACGAAAUUUUGAGGUAGGGAGGAAUGUCUUCCGCGUGCCGGGGCAUAGGGUUCUGGAGAAGGGCACGGAGGCUACGAUGAGGUGGUUGAGGGACAGAUUGCCUGCAGCUGAUGGAGACUAG